AUGGGGUGGCUCUCUGAUCGCCUGCGCCGUCACAAGCGUUGCCAAGAUGACCACACCUCGGUCGAGGUCGCUGUCCGCCAAGAGGGGGAACUAGCCAUCACGGAACAUUCACAGCCUCAAAGCGAGGAGACGACAAUCAUAGGCCAAACCCUACCGCGUCGACAGGCCCACAGACCACAGAUAGGGGAGGUAACGGUUGGAGAGCAAGCGUCACAAGAACAGGAGCCUGUCGUCCAGAGACCAGCCCCGGGCAGUGAGCAGCAGCGUGAGACGGGCAGCAGCUCUUGCCACGCCAGUUCAUCGGAUCCAUGGUCGGCAGCAUACCAGGAGGCCUUCGGCCAGCUAAGCGAAGAACUCAAUGGGAUGCUGAAAAGUGGCCGAAAUCUGGAGGAGCUCUUCCGGCACCUGAACGAAGCAAAUCAGCUGCACAAGGAUGAAUCGCUUCUCAGGAGAGGCAUGGAGAGAAUCCAGAAGCCCAUCAAGUACUUGGAAAUGAUGGUCAGCCUGACCAGUCCAUUGGCAAGCGUACAUCCUGCCUCUUCCGUUGCCUUUGGCAUUGUUCAGAGUGUGACGACUCUGGCCAUUGGUGUGUGCGGCGUUGAGGAACGACUGAAUCAGCAAAUCACUCGAAUGCUAGAACACAUCAACAUCAUUGAUGGGUGCGAUGCCCUUGACCGGAAAUCCGACGGUGACGUGCCUAUACACAUGGCACUCGUGCUGGUCUACAAGGACCUGUUGCUCUUCUACCAUGAGGUGAUCCAGGUGCUCGCCAAGAAGUCGACGGCGCUCGCGUGGAUGUCAGAACAGCUCAAUGCGCGGAUUCCUCCUGUGGUCGAGGAUUUUCUGCGCCACUCCGACCAGCUUCGUCAGCAUAUUGAUAAUGCGACGGCCGCCAUCAUCCGAAACAUUGAGGAAUGGGUGGUGGAGGAAACAAUCAAGCAAUCGCUGGGAAACCAGAAGAUUAGCCAGUUGGACGCUUUUCACAAGGGACUCAAGCAGAAAAUGGCCCCCAGCGCGUGCAGUUGGGUGGGCGAGGACCCGACAUUUCGCCAGUGGUAUGACAACGCAGCGUCACGGCCGCUCGUCAUACUUGGAGACAUGGGCUGCGGCAAAACCGUCACAAUGUCCUAUCUCAUCGAACACGUCAAACGGCUCAACAAGGUGCAGAUUCCCAGGCCCAUCACUGUAUACCACUACUGCCGGGACGACGAGACUGGGAACGACCUCUACAUCUACUCAAGCCUCCUUCAACAGCUGAUGCAACAUCAGCCCCGUCUGAAAAUCCAAUUCCACCAGUGGUUCAAGGAUUUGCAAGGCGAGGGCGAGCUAUGGCCGACUCAGGAUGUAGAGCUACUGAGUGCCUUCUUCUUUACCUGUGUCGAUACCCUUGAAAGACCCUUGUUUGCCUUGAUUGACGGCCUGGACGAGUGCGAAGAGGGCACGCGUGAGCGGCUUGUCGCACGUCUUAGACACCACUCUGCCGCCAACCCCAAGCUCCGCGUUUGCAUGUCGACCAGAUAUCAGGAAGACGUGCAACGAUCCCUUCAAGGCUCCUUGGAAAUCCGGAUGCACCAUGAUGAGAGCCGUGACGACACCAUCGUCUGCCAUCUUGUCACGACACAGUUGCCCAGAUUGAAGGGGGAGUCCAGGCAUCUCGUCAUCAGCAAGCUCUCCAAGCUCGCAAAGGGCAGUGCCAUCUGGGUCCAAACAGCGGUGAACUUACUCGCCAAGAAAAAAGUCACACAACUAGAUGAGCUUGGGAUCUUCCUCCGGCAUGAGCUACCAGAGUCCGAGCUAUCAGACUUGUACGCCAAGUUAUUCUCCCAGGUCACCGAAAAUGAUGAAGAUAACAUGGGCAUUCUAACUUUUGCCCUCGAGGCCCUGGCGCUUGCGGAGCGACCACUGAGCAUUUCCGAGCUGAGCUGGGCUGUCGCCCAACGACGGUUCGAGAACCAAGUCGCCUCUGUGCAAGAUUACGAAAGGCGCAUCGACACAGAAAGAGCCCUGGAAUUAUGUAUCCCUUUCGUCGCCGGCAUAGACUAUGAAACACGUUCCGCCCGUCAAAUCCGACUGAUGCAUCAGUCUGUCAGGGAAAUGGUCCUUCAGGCGGCGCCAUCGCAGUGGGCGCAUCUCCGUGCGUCCAGUGCAGGGCAAGGCGCGGUCCAUGUUCGAUCUUGCCAACGUCUUCAUGACCGCCAGCAGCGUCAACUGGAGCUCCACGGCCAGGCUGUUCGAGCCUGCGUGCGAUAUUGUCUCAUGGCUGAUCUAGAAAACCUGACGUUGUUCACGGAGGAGGAGUGUCAAACACAGGCCCUCGACGAGAUGCCAGGCGCGUGUGUCUUCGAGGAUGAGCAUGAGAUGGAUGGUGAUCCGGUCCAGGGUGGUGCAUCGGGCCCUGACGCCGAGGAGCACUUUUUCAACCCCAGUGAUCGCGGGUUUGGGGAAUUAUUCACCUACUCCUCUUGCUACUGGCUGCAUCACCUUCGAAGAGCUGGAGAUCAACAUGGACUUGCGCUGGCCGACAUACUAGCCCUGACAGCUCGAGAAGCGAGGAGGGCGCAGAACUGGUGGGAUCAAUUCUACCGUCCCGAUUGCUCGCUGAGGCCCGACGAAUCACAGAGCCGGCCAGAGACUCUCGAGACACUUCCCAUCGUCUUCUUGUACGGAUCGGACACACUUGCCUUGGAGAUGCUGGACUUUGUUACCAAGGAAACAGAUGCGCAUUCGAUGGCGACGCAGACAAGAAAUGCUGUAAAAGAUCUUCUCCGGUCCAUGGAUCUGCGUCGUCUCCCCCUGCUGCUCCGCUACAGCCCAGACCAAAAUCUUCAGAUGACCAUGGAUCUGUUCAGCGAGGUCAUGCGACACUGGGCUCGGAUGCAUCGCGGCUUGAGCGCCGAAGCGCAAAAGGACUUUGAGACAGUAUUCGACCACAUUGCCGGUGCUUUCGAGCUCAUGGUACAGCAGCAGUGGGGCAACCAGAUGCUCUGCUCGGCGGCUUCGUAUGGGUGCCUCCCGAUGAUGGAGAGGUUGUUUGCCGCGGCACGUUCGAACCCGGCGCUAGGGGCAGAGAUGCUUCGCGCACCACAUCGCGACGCGGCGAGCCGGUUCAAGACAGCUUUCCAUCAUCAGUCCAUUGGCGAUGCGGCUUGGAAUGGUCGUACCGCCGCGGUUGCGUUCCUCCUCGAACAGGAAGGGAUUGAUGCUCAUCUUCGUUACGUGGACGUCGUGGGCAACAACGUGUUCCACAAAGCUGCGCGCUGCGGGGACGUGGAGAUGUUCAGGCUCCUUGCGUCGCGGUUCCCCGAGGGUGUGAACCACAGAAAUAAAGACGAUGACAUGCCUAUUCAGGUGCUUGUUUUCGAGCGGUCGAAGCAUCGUGUGGUCAAAUUCUUGCUCGAAGAGGCACACGCAGAUGUCCGGUGCGGCAUUACCGCACCAGACGGCCACUGGAAAGAGCCUCUCCGCAUGGCCACGCGCUACGGUGACUUGGACAUGUGCCGUAUCCUCGUGCGCAGCGGUGGUGCCGACCCUAUGAGCGUUUUCGAGCGGCAGGGUGAUACGCUGGCGUUCAAGGACCCGAUUGAAGAUAUGGAAGUCGCUGCGCAGCUUCGGCAGUGUCUUUUGUCAUAA